AGCAUUCACUCCGGCAUAUCUAAAUUAUGGAAGGGAACUACGCAUCCCCAAAGCCAUAUAUGCCACGGAACCCAAGAAUCAAGGAUCUGGAGAUCCCAACGAGAACACCGAAGAAAGAGGAGAAAGUUUGACUCACCGUACAGAGCAGAUUCAACAUCUACUGGAGGCCUAUGAGUUUGUAAGGACCAACCUAUACAGGGCAUUUAAUCGACAAGCUCAUAACUAUAACCUACGACGUAGAGAGGUUCGUUUCCAGGUAGGCGAUCAAGUGCUUCGUCGUACACAUCACCUAUCAUCCGCCGUUAAUAACUUCGCAUCUAAGUUAGCUCCAAAGUUUGAAGGGCCAUUUCUUGUUGUGAAGGUGAUUUCACCAGUUAUUUAUGACCUGAAAGACCGGUCAGGCAAAGAGGAUGUCAGAGAGUCUGCAUAGUCGCUGGGCAGAAAUCCGGUGGGGAGAUGAGGUGGUGUACGAGCCACGAAGCUCAUCACCGGAGACAAUACCGGAAGUACCGGUGUUGAGGAGAAGAACGGUGACAGAGGUGAGGAUGUCUAGAGCCCCCCAGAGCUCGGUGUCGUCCGUUAGAGGGAGAAAUUACCUAGCCGGAGUAGAGAGAGUGAUGAAGAGGACCACUACGCAGUCCACACAGACCCCCCCUUUGUGCCAGCUGCGUGCCCAUCAAACCACCCCGGCCCCCAAGAGUGUUCGUACAGUAGGUACGAUGGGAUCUAAGGUCUAUCUGGAGGUGAGAUCCAACACGUGCUGGAAGUGCGGCAAGACAUGCCCCUCGCGGCAGAAGUGUCGAGGUCCACCACUCCUAUUUUGCAGCAGAUGUGGUUUGAUGGGUACGCAGACCAGGUACUGCGAGUGCGUACCCAGGAAACUGGCCCCACGACCGCCAGCAACUAGGUCGGAACAACCAGCCAGGCAUCCAUGUGCAAGAUGCACAGAAAGGGAGGCCAUGCAGCGGAAAAUGAGAUAGAAAAAAAAAGAAUGAUGGGAAAAAUAGAAUUAAAAAGAAGA